AUGGCCGCUACCAAGGAAAUCGCGACGCGGUCGCAGACCUCUGCCGUCACCAUUGACCCUGAGCAGACCCUCAAGGCCUCCAAGGCUCUCCUCGCCCACAUUCAAAAGUCAGCGACCGAGUCGGCGCAGAACUCGGACAAGAAGAAGCUCCUCGAGGACGAGGACGAUGUGGCCGCCCAGACGCCCAUCUGGCUGACGCUGACGACGAAGCGCCACAUUGCCGACACGAACAAGCUCAAGCCCGGCCGCGUGCCCGUGCCGCACAGCUUGCACGCCGAGGACUCGACCAUCUGCCUCAUCGUCGCCUCGCCCCAGCGCGCCUACAAGGACGCCGUCGACGACGAGGCCUUCCCCGCGGCCCUGCGCAAGCGCAUCACCCGCGUCAUCGACAUCAACCACCUGCAGAAGAAGUUCUCCCAGUACGAGGCGCAACGGAAGCUCUACGCCGAGCACGACAUUUUCCUCGGCGACGAGCGCAUCGUCACGAGGCUGCCCAAGGCCCUCGGCAAGACCUUCUACAAGUCCACCGCCAAGCGCCCCAUCCCCGUCGCCGUGCAGGGGAAGAAGCCCGCGGCCGACGGCAAGAAGGCGGCGCGGCCCAAGACGUCGGAGGCCAACGUCAACCCCGGCACGCCGGCCUACAUUGCCGAGCAGGUCGAGAAGGCGCUGAGCGCGGCGUACGUCAGCCUGACGCCGUCGACCAACACGGCCGUCAAGAUUGGCACGGCCGCCAUGACGGCGCAGCAGGUGGCCGACAAUGUCAACGCCCUGACGGCCGGCCUCGUCGAGCGCUUCGUGCCGCAGAAGUGGAAGAACGUGCGCGGCAUCUACAUCAAGGGCCCCGAGACGGUGGCGCUGCCCAUCUGGGCUGCGGACGAGCUCUUCAUCGACGACAAGGACGUCGUCGCCGACGCGACCGAGGCCGAGAAGCAGGCCGCCCUCGAGGCGCAGAAGGCCAACGUCGGCAAGAAGCGCAAGUCGGCCCUCGCGGCCGGCGAGGACGGCCAGGCGGCCGGCGGCAAGAAGUCCAAGAAGGAGACCGCGGAGGCGGUGCCCGAGGCGGACGACGGCAAGCUCGACGCGCAGAUUGCGGAGCGCAAGGAGAAGCUGAAGAAGCAGAAGGCCAAGGCCAAGGCGGCGCUCGAGAACUAA